UUCAAUUGGCGAUUCGCGUGGAGUGAACAGCUGUGUUCUGUGUUUUGGUUUUAAAUUUGCAUUAUAAUUUCAACUUUUGUACUGUUCACAAUGAACGGCCUACCGCAAAGUAAACACUAUAAUCUAACCCAUUACCAGCAGCGUUACAACUGGGAUUGCGGUCUCUCCUGCAUUCUGAUGAUAUUGUCGAGCACCCAACGGGAUCAAUUGCUAAACAAUUUCGAAGCCAUCUGCAGGGAGGAGGGAUUCGGUUCCAGCACCUGGACAAUUGAUCUGUGCUAUUUGUUAUUGCGCUAUCAAGUGCGUCAUGAGUACUUCACCCAGACCUUGGGCAUUGAUCCAAACUACACCCAACACACAUACUACUCGAAAAUCAUUGACAAGGACGAGAAGCGUGUGACGCGCAAGUUCAAGGAUGCCAAGGCUCAUGGCCUGCGCGUGGAGCAGCGCACCGUUGACAUGGAGGUGAUACUAAGACAUUUGGCCCGUCAUGGUCCCGUGAUAUUGUUAACCAAUGCCUCGCUCCUCACCUGCGAGAUAUGCAAACGCAAUGUACUCGAGAAAUUUGGUUGUUUUCAUAUCUCUUGUAUUGCCCAAAAUACACGCAUACCCAUUAAAAGCUAUGCCGGACAUUAUGUGGUGCUAAGUGGCUACGAUAUGACCAGUCAGAAGGUCUUCUAUCACAAUCCCGAGGUUCACGAUGGCCAUAUCUGUCAAUGUCUAACCGAGUCCAUGGAUGUGGCCCGCCGUGCCUAUGGCACCGAUGAGGAUAUCAUUUUUAUUUAUGAUCAGCAACAAUCUGCGGCUGCCAGCGGUUGCCAAUAAGGAUUAACGAAUCUUUAGCUACAUGUAGUGUACCUGUGCCCAGCAGCAGCAGCAUAUGACAGUGGAGAUGAAGAUGAAAAAAAAAGAAGAGAUAUCUUGUCUUGUGAUAAUUAUUGUGUAUCAAAGGGUUUUGUACUUGGUCGCAUGUGAUCCUCUACUAAUAAUGUAUUUAAAAUGGAUUCCUUUAUGGCCAAGUGGAAAGUGGACUAUGACCAUGGAAGUUUGACGAUGGCAUUUGCUUGAGCUAGGCUAGGCUAGGCUAGGCUAAAAAGAAUAAAUAAGUUUGUUGAUGGCUUUUAAACUCAUUAUUAUCUUUCUCUCCCCCAAAACCCCCCUCCACCAAUUAUGAGAUAUGAUGUUUCACAAAAGAA